AGUUGAGGAACAGUUACAGGACAUUUCCACUGCUGCGCGGAGAACACACCCAUCUUUGGCGGGACUUGGGACUCCUGGAGAAUUGCCUUUGGGAAAAGCUGGCAAUUGUUUCUUUAAAUUCCAUCUCUUAGUUUUCCUUAUCUCUGUGUUUCGAAAGAAUAUCCAGAAGCCAUGAACAACUUUAUCAAUGAAGAGUUUGACUGCCAUUUCCUCGAUGAAGGCUUUACUGCCAAGGACAUUCUGGACCAAAAAAUUAACGAAGUUUCUUCUUCCGAUGACAAGGAUGCCUUCUACGUGGCGGACCUGGGAGACAUUCUCAGGAAACAUCUGAAGUGGCUGAAAGCUCUUCCUCGAGUCACCCCCUUCUAUGCGGUCAAAUGCAAUGACAGCAGAACCGUACUGAAGACCCUCGCUGCCACUGGGACGGGAUUCGACUGUGCCAGCAAGACUGAAAUUCAAUUGGUGCAGAGUCUUGGGGUACCUCCAGAAAGGAUUAUCUAUGCAAAUCCUUGUAAACAAGUGUCUCAGAUUAAAUAUGCUGCCAAUAAUGGAGUCCAGAUGAUGACUUUUGACAGCGAAGUCGAGCUGAUGAAGGUUGCCAGGGCACAUCCAAAGGCAAAGUUGGUUUUGCGGAUUGCCACUGAUGAUUCCAAAGCAGUCUGUCGCCUCAGUGUUAAAUUUGGUGCCACACUCAAAACCAGCAGGCUUCUUUUGGAGCGGGCAAAAGAGCUAAAUAUCGAUGUCAUUGGUGUCAGUUUCCACGUGGGAAGCGGCUGUACUGAUCCCGAGACCUUCGUGCAGGCCAUCUCUGAUGCCCGCUGUGUCUUCGAUAUGGGAGCUGAGGUCGGUUUCAACAUGUAUCUGCUUGAUAUUGGUGGCGGCUUUCCUGGCUCUGAGGAUGUGAAGCUUAAGUUUGAGGAGGUCACCAGUGUAAUCAACCCAGCACUGGACAAGUAUUUCCCGUCAGACUCGGGAGUGAGGCUCAUAGCGGAGCCAGGCAGAUACUACGUCGCAUCAGCUUUCACGCUCGCAGUUAACAUCAUUGCUAAAAAACUCGUAUUAAAGGAACAAACAGGCUCUGAUGAUGAAGAUGAGUCGAGCGAAAAGACGUUUAUGUAUUACGUGAAUGACGGCGUAUACGGAUCGUUUAAUUGCAUCCUCUACGAUCAUGCGCAUGUGAAGCCCCUUCUGCAGAAGAGGCCCAAACCGGAUGAGAAGUAUUAUUCAUCCAGCAUAUGGGGACCAACGUGUGACGGCCUCGACCGCAUCGUUGAGCGCUGUGGCUUGCCUGAGAUGCACGUUGGCGACUGGAUGCUCUUUGAAAACAUGGGUGCUUACACCGUGGCUGCCGCUUCUACCUUCAACGGGUUCCAGAGGCCGACCAUCUACUACGUGAUGUCAGGGCCGACGUGGCAACUGAUGCAGCAAAUUCAGAAGCGGGACUUUGCGCCCGAAGCGGAGGAGCAGGAAGUCGGCACCCUGCCCGUGUCGUGUGCCUGGGAGAGUGGGAUGAAGCGCCACCCAGCGGCCUGCGCUUCCGCGAGUGUCAAUGUGUAGAUGCCGUUCUUGUAGCUGUUACUGCGAGUGUAGCUUGAAUUUAGGGAGGGGGGGGCAUUUAACUUAAUUACUGCUAGUUUUGAAAUGUUUUGUAAGUUGGGUUGGCACAGAUGGAACAAUAUGGAAGACUAGGAGGUGGGGUCACACUUAUCUGUGUUCCUAUGGAAACUAUUUGAAUAUUUGUUUUAUAUGGAUUUUUAUUCACUCUUCAGACAUGCUACUAAAGAGGGCCCCUCAGCUGCUGAGCAAGCAUUUGUAGCUUGGACAUUGGCAGAACGGGCCAGAAGCUUAGUAUCGUGACCUGUUUUAAAAAUAAAGUAUCUUGAAAUAAUCA